GCGGCACGCGACUAUGGAUGUUGCUAUAAAGAAUCCUCGCGUGCCGGUUCUUCAGCUAAAAACUAACUGUUGACCGCGAGCAGCUCAGCAAGAAAAAAGAAGAAGAAAAAGAAGAAGAAGAAGAAGAAGAGUCAUUGUUACCGCGACAACAGAGAGACGCAGAGAGGCACACUGAGAGAUGGACAGCGUGCUGGACCCGUUCUCUGGACUCGACUCUUUCUCCUCCCCUCCUUACUUCGACGAUGACGAGUUCUUCACCGACCAGUCCUCCAGAGACGGACACUUGGACACUGAGGACUUUCUGGAUGACGACGUGGACUUCCUCACCAGUCACUUCCAAGACUACUACACUAAAGAGGGCGGCGGACGAACAGAUGGAGAUGGAGAUGGAGAUGGAGACUACGACAUGGGCGACCUGUCCUUCUCCUCCUCGUCCUCCACCUUCUCCUACGGCUGCGCAGACAGCCUGUCCCCGCAGAUGGGCCACCACGGCGGGCCGCUGCUGAAGCGCAGGAGGAGGAUGAGGUCCGACAUGGAGAUGCAGCAGCUACGGCAGGCGGCCAACGUGCGGGAGCGGCGCAGGAUGCAGUCCAUCAACGACGCGUUCGAGGGGCUGCGAACACACAUCCCCACCCUGCCCUACGAGAAGAGGCUGUCCAAGGUGGACACGCUGCGGCUCGCCAUCGGAUACAUCAACUUCCUCGCGGAGCUCGUACAGUCCGAUCUGCCCAUCAGGAACUCCAGCAGCGAGACGCACGCGCAACCCAAGAAGGUCAUCAUCUGCCACAGAGGAACAAGGUCUCCAUCUCCCAGUGAUCCGGACUACGGUCUGCCUCCCCUGGCCGGUCACUCUCUGUCCUGGUCGGAUGAGAAGCAGCUCCGGGAGCAGAACAUCAUCCGCACCGCCAAGGUCUGGACACCGGAGGACCCGCGGAAACUGCACAACAAACCGGGCCUAACGGACAUUGAGAACGAGCCUCCGUUCGGGCUGGUGGCCUGAAGAUCAGAGACACCAUAAAGACGCACAUUGUGAAUGUGAAGACUAUGUUAAUGUUAAUGUGAACACCAUGUGAGCUACUGUACAGUCAGUCCCCGAUAUUGUAUUCAAUGUUGUAAAUAGUUUUAUCAUGUUGAUAAUUUUAUUUUUUGUAAUUCAGGCAACUGGCAAUCAUGUAUUUAUUAUUAUUUUUUUCACAAGUGAUAACAUAUGUUUUUAAUUUAAUUGCAAUGGAUGAGAGAAAAAAACAUAUUUUUAUA